CUGGCCAACGUCAUUCCGCCGCGAGACCCCGGCCGGUUCGCACGCCGCCAUGAUAGACCACCCGCGCGCCUACGAACAGAACAUGUGCGAUAUGUAUCUCUCCUCGACGUCGCCCGAACCCGUCCGGCUCGCCGACUUCGAAGUUUUCAAAAAAGGAACCUUCAUCUACGGUAAUUAUUACUCGACCCCAACCUACGACGCGUACGCCGAACCAGAGAUCGAGAAUGCAACGAAUGUCUACCACAACUUGGUCAGCCACAGGGAGUGGAACCGUGACGACUGGAGGUACAAAGUGGUUGUCGAGUGGAACCACAAUGACACCAUCUCCUGGCUGAUCGAGACCGUGCAGUUCGCGGGCAUCAGUGAGUACGACGUUCCCUUCGACAACUUCAGGAUCCCCGGCAUCGUGCUCAGAGGACUGAAGAUUGAAGAGAUAAUGCAGAAAAUGAUGACACCCAGCGUCGAUCCGAUGAAAAGCCGGCAAAUCGCCGAUGAAGUUUACAACAAACUACAGAUUCGUCUGAACGAGGAAAUGAUGAGAGAAUCAUCACUGUUCAGAUAUGCCGAGGGGGAACAGUACCAAAAUUCUGAAGCGGUACAAGUCCUCGACUUAGAUUCAUUGGACCACAAGAACAGAUUCCCAUCCGACUACAGACCUAAUGAUGGAAACUUGUUAUUAGCCGCUUGUGAUUCCAGCGACGAUGCUGAAGACGCUUUCCCUGGAUCAGAUACAGCUUCACCUGGAUAUGGGAGUGAUAGAUCUUUAGAUGAAGACGACAAACGUAAACACUUCAAGCGACCCCCGGGCCGGCCGAAGGGCAGUGGCAGGAAAGUCUGCAAGCGCCCGCGCAGCGUGUCAGUCCCCGAAUUCUUGAGGAAUCUCCUGUUGGACCCCGAUUACUGUCCAUCUAUCAUCAAAUGGGAGGACCACUCUUUGGGAAAAUUCAGGUUCGUCAAGCCCGACGAGGUUGCCAAAUUGUGGGGCAAACUAAAGCAGAACGACAACAUGACCUUCGAGAAGUUCAGCCGGGCCAUGAGAUACCACUACAGGCAGUCCGUCCUGGUCUCCGUCCCCACCGCCCGCCUCGUCUACCAGUUCGGCCACAAGGGACCAGACAUAGCCACCACCAACCCCAACUUCGUCAAAGUCAAAUCAGAGGGCAUCGACCAAAUCACGUAUUCUUAGUUAAAUUUUUAAAAGGUUUAGGUUAGAAUUGUUGAAAAGAUGCUCAGUGCUCAGUGUACGGUUAAGCUAAGAAUUUUAUUGUAGGUAAUUUCGAACGUUGAAUUGACACUGCUAAGGAUGCUUGUUGUGAGUUUCUGAAGUUCCUUGUCGUGUUCUUUAGCAGUGCUUGGGUGCGACUAGUUUCCAGAAUUGACGAAUUUCUUGAAUGUUACACUCGAUAUUGUUUACUGUAUUUAUAUUAGGGAUUUCGUCUUCAGCCCAGAUUUAAAUUAAAAAUAGGCAAAUAUUGACAUUAUUAACCCUUUACAGGACAGAAUACUGAACUCAAAUUACACAGGGUGACACUCCGGUUUUUCAUACAAAAAAUCACCACGUCUAUAGCAGUACUUAUUAAAAUGACUACUAAAAUAUCAAUAUACGUCUGUAGCUACGGGCAUACCCUCUGUACGGAUACAACCGGACUGUUAUUAUAAAUAGAAACUUAAACCAACAAGACGGUUAGUUAGCCUCAAAAGGGUCUGUUUCAGUAUUUUCUGAUGUUUCAAAUAAACUAUCAUCGUCGGUAUCUUCCGGGGUCGACACAUCCUCCAACAGUUUUUUGAUUAUUCUCUUCGUCUUUAUUCAUCUAUGACAAAAAGUGAACUUGAGCAAAUCACACAAAUUGAGCUAGCCCCAAAGUAAGUUCGAGAUUUGUGUAAUGGCAUUAGUAUCGAUACCAUAUUUUAUAACAACAUAUGUACAUAUGAAUCUUAUAAGAAUGAGUAAAAUACUUACGUUUUCUGUCACAAAUUUUUGCGACACUGACUUGAUGUUUCAAAGAAUGUUCUAGGCGAACUAAACGGCUAUUGCCGUGGUGUCACUAUAUCAACUACUUUUUUGUGGUUCUACACGAUGUAAAUAUGUAUGUAUUUUAGUUCUUAGAUUUGACAGUAACAAUGUUUGAAUAACUUGUAGAUAGACAGUAAAUCUUGUUCUUUACAAUGAUAGUAUGAACGUAGCACGGUGCCCACCGUAGCGCUCUUUACGCUAUCUUUUCAAACGACUGCGGUGCCCGGGCUGUCAACCUUCUAAGUUUUUAGCACACUGCUAUAACCGUACUGUCCUGUAAAGUGUUAAGAUCCUUAAUAUAAGUAUUAUUGGAAAUAUUUUCGAAUGUUGUCAAAAUAAUAAUUGUAAUUCUGGAAUCUAGUUUAUCAUUGAUCGGCGUUGUCGUCAUGAUAUCAUCCCAACAUGCGUUUGCUCACUAGAUAACAAAAUGAACAACGUCCAUCAAUGUAGAAUGAUGUUGGUCUAAGUACACCCUAAAUGGUAAAAUAGAUAGGUGUUUUCUGAAAUGUUAUGGAUGUGAUUAGUUCAGACAGGCUCAAAGGACUCUUUGUCUCCAAGGUUGUAUCGUGUUGUAUUGUUCACCCUCAGGGUAAGACCUAUAUGGGCACGCGACUGCCUUCCUAAUGGAAGGAGUCUGGGUCACCACAUUACCAAACCAUGGGUAAGAGAUUGAUUCUCCGUCAAUUAACGGUUGUAAACCCUUGUUAAAGUGUCCAUAUUACUAUGUAAGUGAUUCUAAUGUAUUUUUAAAUUUUAAGUCUCAACGGGAUUUCGCGCAGACGAGUCCGAUGCUUCGAAUUUUUUAUAGAUUAUAAACAGUUUCAUUGUUGUUACCAUAACGAAAAGAACCAUAACGUUUUUAAAACUUGAAACAUUCCAUUUUAAUUUAUAAAUGUAUAAGUUAUUAAGUAAUUAUAUGUUAGCGUAAAUAAAGUUGCCAUAUGUAUUCAACAUCUGUUAAAUGUACUUAAAUAUCGAAUUUUCUCACUUAUCAUCAUUUGUCGUUAAAUUCACCCCCAUACAUUGAUUGUAUGUAUUGUAAUAGAUGUAAGUGUUGUGGUGUGCCUGCCACAAGUAUUGUUAUCUUCAAUCUCAGUGUUAAUUAAAAUAUUUAUAAAAUUCAAUGGCGCAAGGGGCAAUCAUGGAACGUUUCGAAAUAAAGAUCUGCAGGCCAAAGAUUAGUUUCGACAAAUUUGUUUUAAGAAUAAAGACAUAAUAAUUUUUGACAAUUUUAAAAUAUAUAGGAUUAAGUUUGCGUCUCUCAAGCAUUUGCUGUGAUGUAAAAUAGAGUUGGUCAAUUUCUGUAUAUAGUUUCUUGUUCUGUUAGAUUACAUAAGAUUAUGACGUAUACCUUAUUUACACUUUCAUAUUCAUGUUUAUCAGUAAUUUCAACGCAUAUUAUUUUUCUGAAAGAAAAUAUUUUUAUAUUUUGUACGUUUCUUACGUUUCGUACGUUAAUGUAAAUCAUAUUUCGUUUAUUUCUAUUUGAAAAGUCUUUCUUUUUCAAUCUAGUUAAAAUGUAGAACUGACUCAUUUUGUUAAUUUUUACUUAUGUAUAUUCAUUACAAUCUACUUAUAUUUCGCUUUUUGUAAUAAUUUUUAUGAAUUUCACUAAGUUGGAUCAGAACAACUAAUAUUUUAUAUCAGCAAUUUUAUUUAAGUGCAUGAACGAAACUAAGUGUUAUAAAUAUUUAUGCAACAGAUUCAUUAAGUAGUACACACACAUACUUAGUUUAUGAAAAUAUUCUGAAAAGGUCAGUACAAAACUGUGUCUUAAUAUACAACGAGAUGUUAUACGUAAGAAUGAAAAAUACGUAAAUAACUCAUUAUACAAAUAAAACAUUUGAAUUUAUAUUAUUAUACAUGUAAUAACUUGAAUUGAUGGAUAACUUUCCCGAUUCGGUAUAAAAAGCAUGCAAGUUGGGUAAAAAUAUUUUAAAGAUAUUAUGGUAAUUCCAGUGAAUUAAUAAACCUAAUUGAACUGGUAGUGUAGCAAAGAAUAAUUAUAUUUUAUUAAUUUACAAUUUUAUAUAUGUAAUUCAAUUUGAAAUUAGACAUAGCAAAAAUGUUGAAAAAUAUUAAUUUUCAUUUUAAAGAACAUUUUAAUUAAAUUUAAAAAUUUAUAAUAUAUUUAAUUAAAAUAUUUUUACCUAAUUGUGUUGUAUAGACAUUAUAUUUAUAAGAUUAGAUAAAUAUAAUUAAUAAAUUAUUAUAUAGUCAACUUUAAUGACAAUAUUAGGUAUUGAACGAUUGAUUUUGAUUUUGUACUUAGUCAAUUUGUUAUUAAUAUUUACUCCAAUGACUGGGGAAUAAAGUACAUGAGUUAAACUACUAGACUUAAUUUUUUAUAUGUUUUUGAACAAUACAUUAUUUUACUAUUUGUUGAUAGUAACACGGCAUUUUCAGAUCCCACUCAGGGAUAAGUCCGCCUUUGUACGGUAUUGUUGAUAUAUUCUUUUGAUUUGAUAUGCUUUUUUGAAUUAACAAUAAUAUAAUUACUUUCCUAAUGACCUAGGAACUAUUUCCUGUGCUGUCACUAAGAUUAGUUUCACGAACAAGGCAUUAUAUCUUAUGUACUUACCUCUUUCUCUAUUCAUGCAGUUGACCCACGGGUAAGAGAGAGAGACGAAAAAAGAUAUGUGCCUUUUAAUUUUUUGUGAUUUACCCUCUUGAGUUCUUCUUAGAUAAGACAGUAUGCUGUUUAGAUAUUUUUUCUUAUAAUUCAUUCUAAAUCUGGUCUCAGGGUUUUACAGCAAAUGAGUAUUAUUUUAAGAGAAUUAUCAUGUAUAUUCACUUAAGCACAAUACAAUGAAUAUAUUAAAUAAUUCUACAUUGCUCAUGUAUUUUAUUACCACUUAAAACGUUUAUUGUUUACUGAAUGUAUAUUUAGGCAUAUCAAUCGUUCAAUGUUAUAUUUAUUUAUAAAUAACGAUUAUUUAUUUGAGCAGUAAAACAGUUACCGAUAAUAAUAUAAUAUUGUGUAUUAUGAGUAUCCAUUUCAGGAUAUUUUGACGUUAAUGUACGUUUAUGUAUAUGAUAAUGAUUUUUGAACAUUUUUUAUUAGACCUAAGACAUUUGUUGUUAAUGAUUGUGCAAAUUGAAGUUAUGAUUUCUGAUAUAAUUAUAAUAAGAGGAGAAUUAUACGA